AUGACGUCCAAAUCGGCCGCGAUGGCCGACGAGGGUGUCGCCGAACACUAUCAAGUUCUGGAGGAGCUCGGUCGUGGAAGUUUCGGUGUCGUUUACAAAGCCAUUGAAAAGGCCACUGGCGAGACGGUCGCCAUCAAACAUAUCGACCUCGAGUCAAGCGAAGAUGACAUUCAAGAGAUCCAAGGCGAGAUCGCUGUGCUGAGUACAUGCGCGAGUUCCUUCGUCACGCAAUACAAAGGCAGUUUCCUGCGCGGCCACAAGCUCUGGAUCGUCAUGGAAUAUCUUGGUGGUGGUUCAUGUCUCGACUUGCUCAAACCCGCCAAUUUUGCCGAGGUCCACAUCGCCAUCAUCUGUCGAGAGCUUCUUCGUGGCCUCGAAUACCUCCACGCCGAGGGCAAAAUCCACAGAGAUAUCAAGGCUGCCAAUGUUCUCUUGUCCGAGGCAGGAAAAGUCAAGCUGGCCGAUUUCGGCGUCGCCGCUCAAUUGACCAAUAUCAAGUCCCAGCGGAACACCUUCGUCGGCACUCCUUUUUGGAUGGCCCCCGAAGUCAUCCAACAGGAUGGCUAUGGUUUCAAGGCAGACAUCUGGUCUCUCGGAAUCACUGCCAUGGAGAUGGCCAACGGCGAACCUCCCCUGGCGCACAUUCAUCCGAUGAAAGUUUUGUUCCACAUCCCAAAGAACUCUCCUCCACGACUGGAGAACAACUUCAGCAAGGACUUUAGGGAUUUUGUUGCACAGUGCUUGGUCAAGGACUCCGAUCGCAGGCCUUCGGCUAAAGAUCUCCUCCGUCACCGAUUCAUUAGAUCGGCGGGCAAAGUUGAGGCUCUUCAGGAGCUGAUUGCGCGCAAGCAGAUGUGGGAUGCGAACCAGAACCGGAGGUCCCAUCCCACCUUUUACCAAGAGACCCUGCAUACCAUGUCUUCCAGGGACGACACGGACGAAUGGGUGUUUGACACGGUCAAGUCAGUGGCGCCAAAGCGGCCGAAUGGUCAUGCACGGAAGCCUUCCUACUUUGCGGCAGAGGAGGCCAUGCGCCGGCUCGACCCCAAGGACGCGCCGCUCGGCCCUUCGUCACCCGCCCCCGGGACAGUUCGCCGGUCGACUGUGCGUCGCCAGCCCUCGAGCCGCCAGAGUUCCGGCAUACAGAUCCAAACAAACGGCUCGCCUCGCUCGACCGUCGCUCGACGGCCUUUACAACCAGACAUGUCGUACGGUAACUCUGGGUCCUCCGUGCGGCUCUUCCGCCGGGUCCCCUCGGAUGGCUCCGUCACCGCAUGGGAGGACACUUCGCCUGAGGGUACUAUGGGCAAUGAGAACAAAGCACCGAUGCGGGCAGCCGCGAUUGAUACCAAUAGCAAAGAGGCGCUGCUUGGGCGGCGACUCUUUAACAGGGUCCUGGACCCUACCCUCGCCGAGCUCCACGCGCAGACGUCAGGCAUGCAGAGGCGGGAGGCGCUUGCGAAGCUCACCGAUGCCUUCGCGCUUUUGGACUCUGUUGAUCCCGAGGGUGCCUACCACCUCAUGCAGAACAUGAUGACAGCUGUCUCCCAGGAUCCCAAGCUGAACCAGGCCUUGAUGCCCCAGCAAUCGGUCAAGAUUCCGUCGGAUGGCACUCCUCAAGGAACGGUUAUCAUCAGGAGCGCCGCUCCCACGCCAUCAAGCAGCCCGACCAAGCUGAUGAUGGCAGCAAACAACCCGCACCUCAAGAGCCAUAGGAGGCGAAAUGGGUCGAUUGCGACACCCGAAUCUGCCGAGAAGGAACGUAGCGAGAAGACGGCCGUGGAAGCCAAGUAUCCCGGUCGCCCUCCCCGGCCCGGUAUGGAGCACUGCAAGCAGCUAUCGGACGUGCUUUACGGCCGGUGGACGGAGGGCUUGAGAAUCAGAUGGCCAGCGGUCUAG